GGCCUCAUGUUCAGGCAGCUGGAGUUCGCUGCCCUGGGUGUGGCCUUCACAGGGUGGCUUUGUGCCAUUCUGACGCGCUGCCUGGCCCUUUGGAAAGUGAGCGGCACUCUGGACAACACCACCGCUUCCCUGCCUGCCUAUUGGGAUGGGGUGUGGCUGGAAUGGGACCACUGGGACUUGGCCCACGAUGGAAGCCUACACUGCUCCUUUUACCAGUCUCUCAUGUCUCUUUCUGGAAGUUUUCGGACGUGGAGGGCGCUCAUCAUGGCAGCCAUCGGUGCCGGGGCUUUUGCUGCAGUGAUUGGAGCAGUGGGGGCUGUGUGGUUCCCUAACCGUGGCCAGAUCAAAGUGUUUUCUGGUGCUCUCUUUGUUUUGUCUGGAAUGCUGCUGCUGGUUCCCACAGCCUGGACAUGCCAUCACACCAGUCAGCCACUGGAGGGAGCUGUGCUGCUGAGAAGAGACUGGGGACCAGCGCUGUAUGUUGGAUGGAUUUCAUUUGCCUUGAUGCUGGUCGGAGGGGUCUUUCUCACCACCAGAUGCCCUGAUUUUGACAGGCAGGCACAGCAGACUGAGAGCAGUUAUGCAAAUACAGAAGAGGACGCUAACCACCCACUGAGCAGGAUCAACAGGACUACGUUCACACACAGCCAGUAUGAGCGCAGACCAGAGCCUAUCUGA